CAGCAUGUCAUGAAAAAUGCCACCAUAAAAUUGAACACAAUGUGAGUUUGAUUAUGUUGUAUCUAGGGCAUCAAACUUGGCUUAAAACAUGUUUAUUUUGAAGCUUAGGAUUAGGAAUGCAUAUAAUCUGUAAAGUACAUUUGGCAAGAUUGCCUACCUCUGUCUGCCCCAGCAUAGGUGUUCCCACAAAACAGGUGGAUGCACUAAUCACAAACAUUAAUCAGACGAUAAAUCUGGCAACCCCCAUAAUCUUAUAUGACAUUUAACAGAUGGCGCUGUAGUUUGUCAGCGACAUGUGACAUCAAGUGUCAGUUUUUCAAUGGAAGAUGAAGAACUGUCAUAAUAAUUACCUAUUCCUAUUCUCCUGAAUAAUACUACUUUAAGCUUUAAAAGCCUAUUCAUUGAAAUUUCAAGUGAUAGCAAUAGAAUAUGUAUGUAUCUUUAAGUGUGAUGUGAUCAGUAUAUUAAAGGACAGUCAUAAUGUCAGCCGUAAGACAUAAUACAAGAAGUCCAAAUAAAAAUACACUAUUAAAAGUGGUGAUACUGGGUGAUGGAGGGGUUGGAAAAAGCUGUCUUAUGAACAGAUUUGUCUCUAAUCAAUUCGACGAGCAUUCCUUCCAUACGAUAGGUGUAGAAUUCCUUAAUAAAGAUGUGGAAAUAGAUUCAGAAACUUACACAUUACAGAUUUGGGACACUGCAGGUCAAGAGAGGUUCAAAACUUUAAGAACUCCUUUUUAUAGAGGCAGUGAUAUAUGUAUGCUGACAUAUGCUGUGGAUGAUAAAAUUAGCUUUAAAAACCUGCAACUGUGGAAAAAUGAAUUUUUGUAUUAUGCAGAUAUCAAAGAAAAUGCACAAUUUCCAUUUAUAGUAAUUGGUAACAAGUCUGAUGUUACAAGUGAAGAAAGGGAGGUAACACAGCUGGAGAUGGAGAUGUGGUGUAAUGAAAAUUCCAUAACCUCAUGCAUAGAAACUUCAGCAAAAAAUGCCAGCAAUGUUCAUGAAGCAUUCAAAAUGGCUGUACAACAUUGGUUGAGACUAGAAAACAGGGCAGACAGGAAUGAGCCUCAUAUAGAUGAUACUGUUGACUUGACUAAGAAAAGUACUGCAAAUAGAACCUCAUGCUGUAUAGCUACUGGAGAUGAAUAGUUUCUAUGAGGUAUUUUUUGAGCCAGUCAAUAGAAAUUUUCCUUAAAAUUUCAUUACACAGAAUAUGUCUCCUUGUAUAAUUGUAUUUUUUAUCCUUGUUCUUUUCAAAACCAAUUAAAAUAGACAAUAGGCAUAUAAGAUUCUAUCUAUAUAUGGAAGUCAUUUUUCAAAAAAUCCAGGAGAUAUAAAACAAUUUUAAUUGAGAAUUGAAUACCAUAAACAGAAAGCUAUGUUAUCUAAUGUUUAAAUUAUAUAUAUUUAUCUACUAUUGAUUGGCUUAUAGCUGCCGAGUUUCAUUAUAAAAAGUGUUUCUUUAUUGUGAUGCCAUAUGCUAGAUGAUUUUUCACUGUUUCUACCAGUAAUUUAGGACUUUUACACCAGCAGUAUUUUUUAUAAUGGAUACCAAAAAUAUUGUUACUUAUUUUUAUAUAUUUAUUUUAUAAGUUGACAGAAGCAACCCAAUUGAAAUUUUAUACUCAUCACAGCUUUGAUCUUAAUGCUUAAUUUUUGUAAAUAUAUCAAUUUCUGUGGCAUGAUGCUAUAUGCAUCUCAUAUAGGAAGUGAGCAAUAAUAUGAGUAUGCCAGAGUACCCUGUAUUUUUGAGAACAAUUUUGCAAAUCUAGAUCUUAUCUAGUUUUUUAUUGUUGCACGAAUAUUUCGCACUAGAAGUUUAGAGUCAAUCUGUUUGAUAUCAUGAUAAUUUAUUAUUAUAUACUGGUGUAUUCAUGUUUUUGGAUCACCAUCCAUUAUAUCACUGUGGGUUUUCAAGAACUCAUGUAAGAUUAUAAUUUAUGUUGACUUGGUGCUACAAAAAUGGUCAUAGUAUUUCUGUACUAGGGUACACACACAAUAUGAACUCAAUAUGGAAAAGAUAGUCGACACAUAGUCUCUGAAAAUAAGUACUUUUCAUCAUAAAAGUAAUUUCUGAAAAUAUAAGUGGAAUUUUUAAUGCAUUUUCUAACCUUAAAACGCACGAAGUGUAUAUAGAAAAAGCCUAGCUUUAUACCAUUUGUACUGCAAUGUGUCUUAUAUAGGUGAUAUUGUAGGUAUGUAUCUAUAAUAAAUUAUAUGUUGUUUAUAAAA